CACUCAGCACGUGACACAACAAGGAAGUUUGAAUGUAACGUUUCUUGAAGCCAAAGUGCAGCCUUCCUCUACGGCGAAAGCUCUUUUACAAAAUAUUAGAUGUAACAACCCACUCUGUUUGGUAUUCUGCUGGAGAGCUUACAACGUUGGCGUGAAAAAUUGCAAUGAAUAAGAAAUAUCAGCCAUUUGUGUCGCUGUAAUGUUCCAGCAACUUGUUUUCAUGACAAAAUGUUUACAUCGCUCUUGAUUUACACUUUAACAUUUCUGUUUCCACUUGGACAUGCAUCGUUACCUCUCGUUAUCAAUACGUGGCCAUUCAAGAAUGCAACUGCUGCAGCAUGGAGUGUCCUGCAGUCUGGUGGCUCAGUGUUGGAUGCAGUGGAGAUGGGAUGUGCCCGCUGUGAAAUGGAGCAGUGUGAUGGCAGUGUAGGCUAUGGCGGGAGCCCAGAUGAGUCUGGAGAGACCACGCUGGAUGCCAUGAUCAUGAACGGUGAUACAAUGGAGGUGGGUGCUGUCGCAGACCUGAGAAGAAUCAAGAAUGCCAUCGGAGUCGCCAGAGCUGUGAUGGAGCGCACCGAACAAACACUGUUAGUGGGAGAGUCAGCUUCUGUGUUUGCUGAGAACAUGGGCUUCGUUGCAGAAGACCUGACUACCAACAAAUCUGUGAAUAUUUUCUCAGAGUGGCUGAAGGGCAACUGCCAACCUAAUUAUCGAAAGAAUGUCUUUCCAGAUCCUUCCAAGUCAUGUGGACCCUACAAGCCCAGGGCAAUGCUGAAACAGAACAAAAGGGCACAACAUGCAAAUACACGCUCCCACGACACCAUAGGGAUGAUUGCUCUUGAUCAAGAUGGUCACAUGGCUGCUGGCACAUCAACCAAUGGACUAACUCACAAAGUUCCAGGUCGUGUUGGGGACUCUCCUAUUGCUGGAGCAGGAGCCUAUGCAGACAGCUCAGCUGGUGGUGCUGCUGCUACUGGAGACGGAGACAUCAUGAUGCGCUUUCUACCAAGUUACUUGGCUGUGGAGCUGAUGAGGGCUGGGGCAGAUCCCUCGGCAGCCUGCAAGAUGGCCAUUUCCAGAAUCAAGAAGCAUUAUUCUGAGUUCUUUGGGGCGAUGAUCUGCGCUAACACAACAGGCCAUUAUGGUGCAGCUUGUAACAAAGUCCAUGGCUUCUCCCAGUUCCACUACAUGGUGUCAAACCCUGAGUCAGACACACCGCUCCUGAAAUCUGUGGACUGCUUUUAAAUUAAUAAUGAUUGUUUGAUUGAAUUAUCAGUCUUCACUCUAUAUUUUUAUACUAAUGAUUCUGGUUUUAACCCAUAAAUAAAUUCUGAUUAGGAAAAAAAAGUCA